AUGUCAUAUCGAGUUUCGAAAGAGCGCUAUAUCCCUCUCAAUGCUUCCAUCAGAGAAGAUGAUGAGUUAUUUGAUGAUAACGUUGAUAAGAACACUUCCUCGAUACGACGAACUCUCCUAAUUUUGAUCACUGCGCCGUCAGAUUGGCAUAUUCUUUUGAAUGAAUGGAUCCAGAGUAUUGAUUUGGAUGCCAAAGCUUACUCGUUCGCCCAGCCGUUGGGACAUAGUUUGACCUUCUUACUUUAUGUUAUAAGGCUUUUGCAAGACAACCUAAUCAGACCUGAAAGCUAUAAGAUUGCAUCUAAUCAAGAUGCUUUCGACCUUUCGAGAUCAGAAAAGUUGAGAGAAUACGAAUAUUUAAACCGAUACAGUGUCAAUAGGGAAGCAAAUUCGACGGCUACUUUUUAUGCCAGCUUCCUGAGCGGCGUAAGCAAGUUCUUCAAUUUGCUGACCGCUGCUCUUCUGAUUGUGAAUUUGGGCCUGACUUACCAGUUCUUCUUUGGCCAUUUCAGAAGUUACUCGCUUUUCAGUUCUAAAGAGAGACCGGUAUCAAAGCAUGUCACUAAAAGAAGCUUAAGGAAUCUGAACGAUGAGUACUUGGAGAAUAUAUAUAAUGGAUCACUGUGGUCGAUGUUGAAAUAUAUAUUCCGAGGCAGCCUCACGGCUGAUGAAAAGACAGAUGACGAUGAAAUAUACUAUAGUCUAGAGAAAUGGGUACCAUCAAAAUUCACUACGCACUUCUUCGCUUGUUUCUGUCCAACCGGCGUAUUUUUUCUAUUGCUUUGUGAUAUCUCGUUCACUACCGCCAUACCAGUUGUUCUCCACCAGAUUAUUCUGCAUUACAUGGUGAUUGAUCGAUACGAAGAAAGGUUGGUAGACGAGGCAGUUAUUCAUCAAGCUUUGAUGACCGACUAUGAGGCCAAGGUAGUGAAGCCAUAUACCAAUAAAAUGAUGCAAGAUGUGCAAGUUGAUGCCACCACAUAUGGCGAGGGCUACGUAAGGUUUUGGCCCGCGAUAAGCUCAUCCAAGUCACCUAUCUUCAAGACACACUCUGUGAUGGGUGAUACCAUAUUAGAGAAGUUCAAUUCGCGAACACAAGAAUUUGAAGACGUAGUCGGCGCUGGUGAAUCUCAUAACCUCAUCAUGGAAACACCACACUUCUACCCAACUUGCCCUUAUCACAAUGCAAUGGAAUGCCGGUCAUCUCCUCGCUAUCACAAGAAUAUAUCAGGCCCAGGAAAAAUGAGCACAUCUUCUGGUUUUUAUUCGCCUUACGUUUACACAGCGUCCGGGAUGUCGUCUCCACUUCACGCUGGCGGAAACUCUCCCAUUCAUCUUGGUUCAAGCCAAUUGCAUCAUCAAAGACAGUCCCCUUCCAUGGGCCAACAUCUCAAAAGGAAGUCAACAAGUCCACUUAGGCGAUCGGUUACUCCGAAUGAUGCAUAA